AUGAUUGUUGCCACUUCAACUGCCCUUUAUAGCCAGGAAGCUGAGAACAGGCCUCGGAACAUCCACUGUAGAAAAAAAAAUGACAGAACAUUGUGUGAGCUGAACGAGCUCUUUGUGAACUACCUAGAGUCAGGCAUUUCUGUUAGCAACAUAAUAGUGGAAAAAGGCAUUUGGCUGAGGAAAAAGUGUGGCAAAUCUGUAGUAGCCUGGAUCCUCAUGACCUAUGUGAAGAUGUGCCAACUCUCAAAGGAACUUGUCAGAUCUGGAAGUUGCUUUGCCCAGAGGAAGGAGCUAGGUCUUUAUAAGUCUUCAUCUCCACAUCAGUCAGUCAUUGGGGCCAGCUGGCUCCGUUUGAAUGAGGGCAAUGCAUGGAGAGCAACUCGGCUGAGAGCAAUCAGCUGUCAAUAUUCCAAGAGGCCAGGAAAAAUAGUGCCUGAGUCCUUAAGGCAGUGUGCCACGCAUCCACUGGGGUCGUACCCUUGUGUGCAUUACUGGGUUAGCUCUGGAAUUCCUUAUGCCUUCCAGUAUGAUUCGUGGAUCAAGCUGCACUUUGAUGCUCCACUUUUCACCUCCUGCACCAUGUCUUUAAGUAUACUUAACACAUAUAUUGUAACCCUAGCCCAAAGGUUUUCUCUCACCUUCAGCAAUGGCUUUCCUAGAGCUCUGCUAUGUGCCGUGACUCCCACUCAGAAGCCCCUCAAUCAACAUUUGGUUUUGAAAGUGAAGAUGAUGUGCUGCAGUUCAGAAGUGAAUUGGGUGCGAUUCCUGGGGAUUGGUGAGUUGUUGCUGCAGAAACCAUACAACCCAUGGAAAGAAGUAGCAGCCAUUCCUAGUGACAGGAACAACAAAAAUACCAUAACUCCCCCUCCUGAGUGUUUACUAGGAGCCAGCUUGUGUCUGGAUCCACUUCAGGCUUUUCUGUCUUCUGCUACUUACCUGGUUCCAGGGUCCAUAGAGUGCAGACCAAGUGGUGUUCUGAACGUGCUUCCCAAUGUUGAAGUAGUUUCAUUUGUUUCCUUACUGGCCUUUUACAUUUUGAAUUUAGAAAUAGGUUAUAAAAUGGCUUUUCUGUCUUCUGCUACUUACCUGGUUCCAGGGUCCAUAGAGUGCAGACCAAGUGGUGUUCUGAACGUGCUUCCCAAUGUUGAAGUAGUUUCAUUUGUUUCCUUACUGGCCUUUUACAUUUUGAAUUUAGAAAUAGGUUAUAAAAUGUUCCAGGGAUUUGACUUCCAUUUCCAGAAAUACAAAGACACCAAGUGGAGAAGGCUGUUCGCUUUGAGCUGUGUGGUGCCUGAAAACCUCUACCACACUCUUGCAAGUACUGACACACAGCUGAUUACACUUGGUGGAAAUCUUGACACCAAGAAGUGUCCUUUGGACAUGAAUGACGAAUGUGCAUGGUGGCUCUGCCCUGUGAAUGAUGUCCAGUGCACUGAAUCCCUGUCCUCUGUUCCUCCCCCAGAAGCCCCCUGUGCCACGCCCCUGAUCUGCAGCUUCGGGAGGCCUGUGGACCUGGAGAAGGACGACUACCAGAAGGUGGUGUGCAACAACGAGCACUGCCCCUGCAGCACCUGGAUGCACCUGCAGUGUUUCUACGAGUGGGAGAGCAGCAUCCUGGUGCAGUUUAACUGCAUCGGCCGGGCCCGCAGCUGGAACGAGAAGCAGUGUCGCCAGAACAUGUGGACCAAGAAGGGCUACGAUCUGGCCUUCCGCUUCUGCUCCUGCCGCUGCGGGCAGGGCCACCUCAAGAAGGACACGGACUGGUACCCGGUAAAGCGGAUGCAGGACGAGAAGAAAAAGAAGUCGGGGUCAGAGAAGAACACUGGGAGGCCUCCGGGUGAGGCUGUGGAGGAGGCAAAGAAAUGCAGGCCCUCUAACAAACCCCAGAAAGGCCUGAACCACGACCUCCCCCGCCGGCACUCUGUGGACAGACAGAACUCGCAGGAGAAAGCCGGCAGCACAGCGCCCUACGGCGUCCGCUCCCCUUGUGGCUCCCCCGGCCAGUCCCCACCAGGCGGCUACUCCAUCCUCUCCCCUGCCCACUUCAGUGGCCCCCGCUCCUCCAGAUACCUUGGGGAAUUCUUAAAGAACGCCAUCCACCUGGAGCCUCACAAAAAGACCCUGGCCGGGGGCCACGUGUUCAGAAAUGCGCACUUUGACUACAGCCCGGCAGGGUUGUCGGUCCACAGGGCGGGGCACUUUGACGCUCCUGUGCAGUUCCUGCGGCGGCUGGACCUCUCUGAGCUCCUCACGCACAUCCCCAGGCAUAAGCUGAACACUUUCCACGUGCGCAUGGAAGAUGAUGCCCAAGUGGGCCAGGGGGAGGAUCUGCGCAAGUUCAUCCUUGCAGCACUCAGUGCCAGCCACAGGAAUGUGGUAAACUGUGCCCUGUGCCACCGGGCGCUCCCGGUGUUCGAACAGUUCCCACUGGUGGACGGAACGCUGUUCUUAAGCCCGUCAAGGCAUGAUGAGAUCGAAUACGACGUUCCUUGUCACCUUCAAGGGAGACUCAUGCACCUGUACGCGGUGUGCGUGGACUGCCUGGAAGGGGUUCACAAGAUCAUCUGCAUCAAGUGCAAGUCACGGUGGGAUGGCAGCUGGCACCAACUGGGCACAAUGUACACCUACGACAUCUUGGCCGCCUCUCCAUGUUGUCAGGCCCGCCUGAACUGCAAGCACUGCGGGAAGCCGGUGAUCGAUGUGCGCAUCGGGAUGCAGUACUUCUCUGAGUAUAGCAACGUCCAGCAGUGUCCGCACUGCGGGAACCUGGACUACCAUUUCGUGAAGCCAUUUUCCUCCUUCAAAGUUCUUGAAGCUUAUUGAUGAAAGCUUUGCUUUAGUAAUAGCUAUUUUAUUGAUAUUAUUACUUUAUUACAUAUCUUUUAUAGGGAAACAUUCUGUGACAUUAAUUUCUUUUCUAAUUUAAAGAAGAGUUACUUUGUGUAUGUGUGCCACUCAAAUGGGGGCUGCCCCUUGCCCUGUCCUGAUUUCCAAGCGUUAGUCCGUGGUCAUUCCCAGAGCCUAAGUGGGUGAUCCUGUGAGUUUGGGUAGGGGGUUCAGUCUCACCAAGUCCCUGAUGCAGCUUUAAGGGAGGAUAGGGCUAAUUUAGGAAAUGGAUUACAUGGUUGUAAACUAAGAGCAUGAUAGAGUUGGGCAGAAACUUUUAAAAUGUUAACAUUCUGAAGACCCACUUGUAGACCUUCCCUGGGCCUUGGGAAGAGUCCAUGACAGGCGAAUGUAAGCCUGUGCCUGGAGAGCUGAUCUCUUGUUAGUCUGUCCGGCUCAGAGUCCUGCACCACACAGCCGACUCACGCUGGCAGGUGAUGUGAAAGUGGACAUGAGUGCUGCUCCUGUCACUAUUGUCAUUUUAACAUUCAAAUUUCCAUCAUGGAAAUAAUAACCAAACGGUAAGAUAUAUGAAAGCUAUUGGUAUUGCAGCUACUUUGAUGUAAGGUGGACUAUGACAGAAUAUAUCAAAUGUAUUUGGAAAUGAUGCACACUGGCAAACAGGGACAAAACUCUGUCAUUUGGAUUGCGUCUUUGAAGUUGGUGAAAGUGGUUUUUAAAAGCCCAUCCAUGAACGACGUGAUUUGGGCAGAUGGUAUAUACAGGCUGCAAUGUUGAAGUGCCAUUUGGUGUCAGAGCCUUCUCACAGGUAAACCUCACAGCCACAAGACCUAACAGGUGAGCUUCAGAACCAAUUAUUGCCACACUUAUUGCCCCAAAUUGUUUCUGGCCACAUUUAACCCAUUUAAUAUUGAGUUUCCAGAAAUCAAAGAAUUGAUCUUUGGAGAAAAAGGAAAAAACAUUGCUUGAGAAAAUGAUGAUGAGAAUUAUUUCAGCAUUUCUUUUUAACAUGUGUUUCAUUUUGGAAAUUCACUGAUUGUAAUGUAUAACCGUAUGUUUGAAAAACAGCUCAUUCUAAAGAUUCCCAUUAGACUUUACUGCCAGGGAAAAAAUAUGAUUCUACAUAGGACUUAAUUAGUUAGAACAUUAGGCAUUCCAAAAUACAGCCUUCUGUUAAUUGGAGCUUGGUGAUUUAAAUAGACUGACACUUUAUGCACUUACAGAAUUGGGAUUGAAAUAUGGUUUCUCAAAAAUGAAUCUGACAAUUUCAUGUUGAUACACGUUUAUGCUAAAAGAAUGUAGAAAAUAUAAUCAUUUUGUGGGUAGCCAACUUGGGUCAGUAGGAACAUUUUAUAUUAUUCAUUUGGUUUAUACUACUACUUUUCUCAGUGUGAUUUUUGCUUUCAGAAGUGUUGAGGCAUUAAGGCAAGUGAGUUUCAGUUCUACUACAUGAAGUAUUUGAUGUUUUGUUUGAAACGGUGCAGCAUUAAAAAACCAACAUGUUGACUAAUACUUUUCGUCUUUCAGUUUAGAUUGUUUUUUGGUUUGCUGCAUCCAGUUUGGUGUGUGAUGAUCUGAAAAACCUUUCACAGUAGGGGAAUUACUCAAAAUGCCUAUAAGAAGCAGAAAAUUAUGAUUAGUGUGACAGCAUUUGAUGCAGCUUAAAGAAAUCAAUAAAAUAUAGCUUUCGCAAAUUUGCCUUUAAUACACAGAGCUGUAAUUGUAAAUUAACUGUUUCUCUAUUGACUGUCUCAUGUACCUACGUACAAAAAUUGGUAAGUUUCUCUUGUCUUCACAGUACUAUUGGAUUUUAUUUUGAAUUUGAAAUGAGUGAUAAAAUAUUUGUAAUGCUGGUCUUUAACUCCCCUAAAUUUUUGUAGCAAAACCUGCUUAUAUUGUUGUUCUGAAGCUUCCAGUUGACUUGUAUG